CUUGGCGCCAGCACGCGCGUGCGUGUCCGGGCCUCAGCCAGACCUCAGCGAUUACCUUCCCUGCCUCUCGCCGUCUUCGCCUUGACCAAUCCAAAGCUUCGCAUUCCUUCUCCUCCUCCUCUGCUGCGGCAAACAUAAGUACGGCCGACCCGCCGAAUCGAAAGAUUUAUCCACGGUCGAUAUAACAUCUCCGACCAUGUUCUUCCUGUACAAUCUUGAGCGCAGGGUAACACUGCAUCCCUCGUACUUCGGCAAGAACAUGCACGAGCUGGUCACUGGCAAGCUGCUGAAAGACGUGGAGGGAACAUGCACCGGAAGCUACUAUAUCAUCUCUAUUAUGGACACCUUUGAUAUAUCUGAGGGGCGCAUUCUUCCAGGCAGUGGACUCGCCGAGUUCACUGUUGGCUACCGUGCUGUGGUCUGGAGACCUUUCAAAGGCGAGACGGUGGAUGCUGUGGUUGUUAGUGUGAACCAACAUGGCUUCUUCGCCGAAGCUGGCCCUCUCCGCAUAUUUGUUUCAACCCACUUGAUCCCUCAAGACAUCAAGUGGGAUCCCAAUGCCACUCCUCCUCAGUUCACCAAUAACGAGGACACCACCAUCGACGUUGGGACCCAUGUUCGAAUCAAGAUACUGGGUACUCGAGCCGAGGUUGGUGAGCUCUGGGCCAUUGGUAGCAUCAAGGAAGAUUACCUUGGCACCUUGCAGGUUUGAUGUGAAAUCCAGCUCGUUUUCAUCGUGGAUUUUAGCCGAAGGCCGGUUGACUUCUGGUUUUCGAUGGACUAUCGCGAUAUCAAAAACAACUGUGGAGGCGUUGCCAUAACUAGAUCUUAUAGGGCAGAUCUUAUCUAUGCAUUAGACUUGCAGCAGCGUUUCAUCAGUGCUUAUAUACAAGGUAAAGUCCAACUACCUACUCGAUUCCAAUCGUCAGCCAGCCGUGUUCGUACCAGUCUAAGCAAGCCGCCAACUGCGGGGAGGCCCUUACCCUCAAGCCCUACGCCCAAAUUGUCGAUUUUUUCGAUCAAAGGUAGUAUGGUGUCGGGAAGUUCGACCGCUAGGUGGGAUGAAUAAUACUACUAAUAGCCCGAGUCGGUAUUGCUAGUACGGUGAUCUU